GGACCGGCACCGGCACCGGGACCGGGGCCUGGCGAGCCUCUCCCCGCCGCCCUCCAUCCCCGUGCCCCCCCCGUGCUCAGCCGUUACCGGCAGCCCCCCCCCAGCAGGGCCCGGCAUCACGGCGGCCGUGUCGCCCCCCGAGCGGAGGAGGCCCCGCGGGCACCGGGCCGGAGCCAUGAAGGAGGGCCGCGAGCGCCUCGUUGCUUUGGGGGAAUGGCUGGGCACGAAGACGAGGAGCGAGGAAGGUGACUCGGAGCCCGGCACGGUGCCACCGCAGGAGCAAGGCUGCGGCCACGGCGGCGUCGCCGAACCGAGCCCCGGUGCGGGUGACGGGGGCUUCGUCCCCCCACCGGUGUUCACCGAGACCCCCGGCACGCAGCGGGGGCGGCCGCAGCACGAGUGCACCGAGUGCGGCUUCGGCGCCGAGCAGAAGCUGGAGCUGGUGCGGCACCCGCUGGCACGCGCCGCCGCCUGCCCCUACGUCUGCGGUGCCUGCGGUCGGGGUUUUGGCCAGCGCGGUGGUCCCGCGGCACGGCUGGCCGGAGCCCCCCCCGGUGCCAGCGGGUGCGCCGGGACGGAGGUGGGGGCACCCCGCAAAGAGCGCAAGGAGCUGUCGCUGACGGAGAAGGUGCGGGUGCUGGAGAUGCUGGACGGCCCCAAGGUGUCGCAGAGCGAGCUGGCCAAGCGUUUCGGGGUGUCGCAGCCCCAAAUCUGCCGCAUCAUCAAGAACAAGGAGCGGAUCCUGAGCGAGUGGCACCACAACAGCAACCCCGAGCGCAAGCGCAAGCGGGAGGGCAAGGACGUGGCCGUGGAGGCCGCGUUGCUGCGCUGGGUGGAGAGCGCCCGCGCGGCCGAGCUCCCCGUCAGCGCCCCGCUCCUGCAGGUCAAGGCCAAAAACCUGGCCGAGGCGCUGGGCAAACCGGGCUUCGAGCCCAGCGGCAACUGGCUGGCCCGCUUCAGGCUGCGCCACAACAUCGCCCUGGAGAAGCCGCCCCGGGAAAGGGGGGACGCGGAGCAGCCCGGGGCCGAGCGCUGGAGCAGCGCGGUGCUGCCCGAGCUGCUGCGCAGCUACGCGCCCUCCGAGGUGUACAGCUGCGGGGAGACGGGGGUCCUCCUGCACACCCCGCUGGCCGAGGAGGAUGAACCAGCCGGCCCCGGCGGGCGGCUGACGCUGCUGCUCUGCGCCAACGCCGACGGCACGGAGAAGGCGGCGCUGCGGGUGGUGGGGCAGAGCCCCCGGCCCCGCUGCCUGCGCGGCGUUAACCUGCAGCACAUGCCCUGGAGCUACCGCGCCAGCGGCCAGGCCCUCCUGACCGCCCCGCUCUUCGCCGAGUGGCUGCAGGACUUCAACGAGGAGAUGCGGCGCAAGGGGAAGAGCGUCCUGCUGCUCCUCGACCGGCGCCAGGCGCACCCCUACCUCGAGCUCUCCAACGUCAGGAUGGUUUUCGUGCCCCCCACCGCCGCGCUGGCACAACCCCUGGACCGCGGCAUCGCCCGGGACCUGAAGGGCCACUACCGGCGCCGGCUGCUGACGCGGCUCCCGGCGGCGCGUGGCUCGGAGCAGCCGAGCCUUUUGGAUGCCCUGCACAUGUUGGUGCAAGCCUGGGGUGACGUGCGCCCGGGGCUCAUCGCCAGCUGCUUCCGCGCCGCCGGCUUCAGCCCCGACGCCAGCCCCGACACGCUGCUGGCACCCGUCCGCUUCGGCCAGGAGCAGAUCGAGCGCUUCGUGCUGAUGGACGAGGGGCUGGAGCGCCUCGGGGAGCCGGCAGAUGCCGAAACGGCCGAGGUGGCGGACUGGGACGGGGGGACGGUGGAGGGCGAGGAUGCUGGGGAGAUGGUGGUGGCACAGCCUUGCCCCUCGCAGCCCGAGGUGUGGGACAGCCUGGCCACGCUGCGGCGGUACCUGGAGUGCCGGGCCACCUCCCCGGACCUCUUCCAGGCUUUCUACGCGCUGGAGGACGCCGUGCACGCCUUGUCCACCAGCUCUGGGCGAGCCCUGCACGGGGACGCUUGCGCCAAGCCGUGAGCUGGGCACGUUCUCAGCCUGCGGCUUUGCGAGCUGGGGCAGCAGCAGCAGCACCCGGUGCCACCGCGGAGCUGCCCCGGGUGGGCUUCACCCCAGGGUGGGGGGACGUUGCGUUGGAUGGAGUGGAACGAGGGUGAUGCUGCUGUGUUGGUGGUGUCCCCGCGCCCGGAGGAUCCAUCCCGCGUGGCCCCACGAGGGGCUGGAGCAGGCGAUCCCGGGGAGCAGGGGGCUGGAGCCCGGAGAUCUGCAACGGGUGCAUUAAAGCGGAGCGUCAGCAAACCGCA